AGUUGUGAUGUUGCUUAAUUGUUAUCUCAUUAUCGAUACAUAAAGCAUCUAAAAUAAAUUUUUCGUGAAAAUUGAAUUUUAAGGCUUAUCGCAAACUGUGAUCUUUUGUUCAUAAUUGAAAUCUCCUGUCUAAUUAAUGUGAAUUUUGAAAGGCAUGAAUUAUUAAGUUGUGACUGAUUUGAAUCAACAAAAAACCGACCUUCAAACAUUGACCACCAAAAAUCGUGUUAAUUUGUAAACAACAGCUUAUCUUUUGAAUUGAAAUGUGCAUGCGAAAAAAGAGAAAUUAUUAAGUCUCUCGUAUCAUAUCCAAAAAUUGCAUCAGUCUCUGCUAAAAAGUUGAUCCCACGCAUCAUUCACAAAACGGCAUUUACCACCAAACUACCUUAUAUAAAUUCGACAAUAUGAAUAACGUGCAGCGAAAUUUUUUCAAGUUCCUGUUUAUAUUGGCAGUUUGGUCAUUUCUGUUGAUAGGCGUAAUAAAAAUAAACAAUGACAACAUAGACUUAUCAGGCGUCUCAAUAACAUCACAGACAUAUUUAAAGAAAAUUCCACUGCAUAGGAAUUUACUGCAAAAAGAGAAAUGGAAUCAACUGAUGGAUCAAACAUCUACAACAUCUGCUUCUGAAAGACUGAUGACUUAUAUUGAUAAUGAAGUUCUGGUCGAUAAUAGAACUGGUAUUGAUGAUGAGCAGCUAGUGAAAGAUGUAGAAGAAAAAUUACCAUCACUUCCAAUAGCAUAUUGGACGAAACAUAAAGCCAUUCAAGCGCAAGCAAAUAGUAAAAAUACUAAACAAUGCGCCAAAUAUCCAUCAAUCUUCGAUCUACAGUUCAGUAAUACAUACUGGCAGACACUUCAGACAACAAAUGGCACCUUCCAAUUAUUCGGUGCUUAUUAUGAUAUUAGGAAAAAUUCCAAAAUAGGACCUGCCGUCAGGAUUCUCGGUAUGAUUGAUCGAAUUAAUCCAAGUGUGAAAACAUACUGUCAAUUUUGGUUUGACGGACAAAAAGAUCCAACUAUAGUCAAAACAUUUGAAUAUAAAUACAUUUGGUUCUCGCGAUGGGGCAAUUACUUUAACAAUGUCUAUCAACCAUACCUUAUCGCAUGUCAAAUACCAAAACCUUUUCAUGCACUUGUUCCGACUUCAGUGUCAAUCGUUGAGAAACAAUGCGAUACAGCGACAAAUAAUUUAAGAGUUAUUUACAAUUUGCCAGCCGAUGAUCGUAAAAAAGGCUUUGCAGUUUGUGUCAAGGGCUUAGAUUUUCUUUACGAUGAUUUAUCAGUCAAGUUAAUUGAAUGGAUUGAACUAAUCACGCUUCUUGGUGCCGACAAGAUUUAUUUCUAUGAAUUGCAAGUUCAUCCGAAUAUAUCGAAAGUAUUAAAGCAUUAUGAGAAGGAGGGUAAAGUACAUGUGACGCCAUUAACAUUGCCUGGAGGUCAACCUAAUAUACCCGGCCUACAACAUUUAUAUUUGACGAAAAAGACGAGUCAGAAAAGGCAAAAUGAAUUGAUUCCAUAUAACGACUGUUUGUAUAAGAAUAUGUAUAAAUACGAAUUUAUAGCACUAUUGGAUAUUGACGAGGUAAUAAUGCCAAAACAUGAUGAUAUGAGUUGGCAUGACUUGAUGGUGAGGGUUCUUGAAAAAGGCAAAAAGUUACGUAAUACAACUUAUCCAUCCUACAAUGUCCGAAACGUGUAUUUCUUUGACGAGACACAGCAUAAUCAUGAGUGGAUACCAGGUAUGCCUAAGUAUAUGCACAUGCUGCAACAUAUCAAUCGUGCAGCGAAUUUUACAAAACCCAAUCAAUAUAUCAAGUGUUUCCAUAAUCCCGAACGAGUAUUGACGCUUCACAAUCACUUCCCACUCGCCUGCCUUGGAGGACCGUGCAAAUCAUUUUCGAUUGACACUGAUGAUGCUCAACUUCAGCAUUAUCGUGCCGAUUGUGUAAAGACAUUAAAGAAAUCAUGUGAAGAUUUCAAAGAGAAUAAAGUGAAAGACUCAACGAUAUGGAAGUUUAAAGACCAGCUUAUAGUGAGAGCAACAAAGACUUUAGAGACUUUAGGCUUUUUUAAAAAUCAACAAAAGACUUCAUAUCGAGAAAAUGAGGUAUACUGAAAUUGGACGUGAAUAAAGAAAAAUAUUGCGUCGAGUGUCAUUCUAUUCAAUUAAGUUACUAAAUUCGAAGUGAAGAUAAAUAAAAAAUUGUGAUAAAUAUAAAAUGGAAUGGGAUAAAUAGGAACAGUCGUUGGGUAUUAAGUGUGAUAAAAUUACUUAAUAGAGAAAAAAAAAGUUUUAUAUUAAAAUAAAUUAGUUCCAAUGCGAAACUAAUGAAAAGUACGUGAAAAAAAUAAUUUUUGGGAUUUUUGAACCCAAAUAUCAUCCAAAAAUGUGUCAAUACGAGAGCUUAGUUGAUAAAUUGCGUUCAUUAGGAUUAUUAAUCUUUUGUGAAUAAAAUUGUCAUUUGUUGAUCAAAUCAGUUGUGACGCCUGAUAUUUGGUCAGUUAAAGUUAAUUUUAUUUUCUAAAGUGUAAGUUCAGAUAUUUGUGAUUAUAAAUUCCGGAUAUUAAGUAAAUAAGGGGUUUAUGGAAUUAUUAAGCAUAGCAUGAAGUGGUGU